CGCAGAGUGCGCGGGCUGGAUUUAAUCAAAGCCGGGAAACGACCUCGGAAGGGAUUACGGUUGAGUGGGCACCGCAGUUAUGUCACAGCCAGCCCCUGUGAAAAAGAAGCGUCCUCCAGUGAAGGAAGAAGACCUCAAAGGAGCCAGAGGAAACCUUUCCAAAAACCAGGAAAUUAAAUCCAAAACCUACCAAGUAAUGAAGCAGUGUGAACAAAUGGGCUCUGUGGCACCCUCCAUAUUCAGCCGGGAUCGGACAGGAGGUGAAACGGUCUUUGAGAAACCAAAAGAGCAGCCGGCCAAGAGCGUCUUCGGCUGACGACGGAGCUGAAUGUGUCUUCCCCAGAUGGUGGCUAUAACGUUUUCCCAGAUUUUUGCCUUUUACACUAAAGUCAAUGUAGACCUAAGUAGCUAAUUUCGACUGUAAGCCAUUAAGUAGGGAAUAGACUCAU